CAUAUUAUGCCUAGUAAUAUCAUACAAAUUGGUACAUCGAAAAUACUACAGUUUUGCAAUAUUUGUAGAAUUACAAGGUGUUUAUCCACACUCAAUACAUAUAAAUCAGCAAAAUAAAGUUAGGAUAAAGGUUGAUAAAUGCGGAGGACAUAGGUGUUGCACAACUUAGAGUUGAUUCAAAACAAAUGGCUCUACAAAUAUUUUCCCCUAAAAUUCAACAGCCAUUGAAGUUCAUUUUUCCUUCUCCCGCUAAUAAUGGGUGCAGCAGUGUUUUUGUGCCUUGUGCCUAUAGCCCAUCUCGUAGGCUUGCUUUAUUUCAACUCACUACAGCCAUCACCCAGUCACAAUUAUUCAAUGGAAAAGCAGCUGAAUCUCUUAAUGCUGAAGGGGAAGUGAUCGAAAGUGAAAUGAUUGCUGAACUGGCGCAGUCAAAUAUUGCCCUAAGUGAUGAAAAUGCAUCAGAUUGGAUCAAGAAGGACAAAAGAAGAAUGCUCCAUGUCGUUUAUCGUGUUGGGAAUUUGGACAAGACAAUAAAGUUUUACUCGGAAUGCUUGGGCAUGAAGCUGUUAAGGAAACGAGACAUACCAGAGGAGCGUUAUUCAAAUGCUUUUCUUGGUUAUGGACCUGAAGAAUCAAAUUUCGCCGUUGAACUUACUUACAACUAUGGAGUUGACAAGUAUGAUAUUGGAACUGGUUUUGGUCAUUUUGGAAUUGCCAUUGAGGAUGUUGCUAAAAUGGUAGACCUAGUAAAAGUAGAGGGAGGGAAAAUUGUCCAGGAACCUGCUCCAAUCAAAGAUGGAGGACCUAUAAUUGCCCUCGUGGAAGAUCCUGAUGGCUACAACUUUGAACUAUUAGAGAGAGGACCUACUCUUGAACCUUUCCGUCAAGUCAUGCUUCGUGUAGGAGAUCUUGACCAGUCCAUUAAUUUCUAUAAGAGGGCAUUCGGCAUGGAGCUUCUUCGUAAAACAGUUGAUCCGGACAACAAAAACACAAUAGCCAUCAUGGGUUAUGGACCAGAAGACAAAAAUGCAGUUCUGGAAUUAACAUAUAUUUAUGGCGUCAAAAGCUAUGAUAAAGGAAAUGGUUAUGCUCAGAUUGCAGUAGGAACAGAUGAUGUCUACAAGACUGCAGAAGCUAUAAAACUGUAUGGAGGGGAAAUUGUAGUUGAACCUGGACCUUUGCCGGGUUUAAAUACCAAGAUCAUGGCAUGCGUUGAUCCUGAUGGUUGGAAGACAGUUUUCGUUGAUAAUGCUGAUUUUAUGAAAGAAUUAGAGUGAACAUACGCAGUAUUACCCCAGACAUCUCAAUCCUGCAUUAGAUUUCUGAAUAAUUUAUUUGUCCAGUGAUAUCAUUCAGGUUAUCUAUCCGGAAGAAACCACAGAUAGCUCAUUGUAGUGCCAUUUCCUAGUAUGUAAUCUAUCCCCGUACAAAUGUAACAACUUAAAUCAAUCCCAUUGUUUCUUUGAUUUGAUGCUGUAUUUUAGAAUUGGAAGUCACACAUUGUCAACUGCUAUAAAAACUACUGUUCGGUUCUCUUUUGAAA